CACAAUACAUGGUCUUCUCGGCUAAGUAAACAACACAAAAUCAGUGAAAAACUUCAAUUUCGCUAGAAAUUCUGAGGAAGACGAUGGAGGAGUUUAGGGUAAGACACGAGUUUUCAUCUACCACUAGUGUUUCGUUGGAUUCAAGAUACGUCAAGGCAGCGCGGUGCCUUUUAGAAGAAGUUAUCGACAUGGGUGGUAGACAGGUUGAUCUUUGCAACGACGUUCUUAUCCAACAACUGUUUCCAGGAAGAAGAAGACCCGGUUUUGGCUUGUCCUCUGAGAUCAAAUCUGAACUUUGUAACUCAGGUUUCAUGUCUUUGCCUGAGAAUCAUGAGCUUCAUAUCAAAAUCACCAAGCUUCUAAGUUUGUUGCAACAGGUAGAUGAGAGGUUUGACAUAUACUGCAAUCAACUGGAGCAAGUGAUAUCAUCAUUUGAGGAAGUAGCAGGAGAAGGAGCCUCCAAAUUAUACACCGGUUUAGCACUUCAAGCCAUGACUCGACAUUUUGGUUCUCUCCAAGAAGCUAUCCUCUCUCAGCUCAACUCUCUUCGUAGGAGAUUCAUAAUCUCUCAAGAUUUUGUUCCCAAGAUCGUGACCUCUGGUUUGUCACAGCUCAGCUUGUUCGAUGGGAACACUCCAUCAUCGCUUCAACGUCUCGGUUGGGUUCAGGGACCUCAGAGACAUGCUUGGAAACCCAUCAGAGGCUUGCCUGAAACUUCUGUUGCGAUCCUCAGAGCUUGGCUCUUUCACCAUUUCCUGCAUCCUUAUCCGAGUGAUGCAGAGAAGCUGAUGUUGGCGUCUCAAACAGGGCUUUCAAAGAACCAAGUAUCAAACUGGUUCAUAAAUGCUCGAGUUCGACUCUGGAAACCAAUGAUAGAAGAGAUGUACAGGGAAGAGUUUGGAGACUCCUCAGAUGAAUCCAUGCAAAGAGAAGGCAAUGAUGAUUCAAACUGACUUAUUAAAGAACAGAGUCUUGCGCCAUCUAACUCGAUCUUUUGAUGAGUUUGUUAUUCAAUUUUACACCUUCUUUAUGUCUAUCUUAACUCUUUCCAAACACCAGCAUUGUUAUGUAAACUGGACCGAGUUUCUUCGCUUCA